CUCAUUUCUCUUCGUACGACUUGCCUCUUCUCUAUUUGACCUCCUGUCAGGAUGGACUUCAGACCUAUGGACCGCAUGGGCGGGUCGGACCAGUCGAUAUUGGAUGAACCGUUCCGACCUUUUUACGCCUUUUGGGCGCCGAAGCCCGUGCUUGUGAAACAGGACAAUUCGUAUGAUCGAGAGGUGUUCAUGGAAAGGCCGUGGUUUGGUGCGCUGCUUUUUGAUAACAUCGCUUCGGAUGCGCGAGACAAUGCCGCGAAUGAGAGAACUUUCCUAUCGUGGCUUCGAUUAUCUGUGUAUAUGGCGAUUGUCUCGGUGGCUAUGAUUAUGUCGUUUCAUCUGAAGUCAAAACCCACAGAACUCGAGAAGAGAUUCUCGCUACCGUUUGGUAUCAUAUUCUGGGCCCUGGCAGUCGCCUGCCUGAUAUCCGGACUAGCGAACUACAUUAGGACGGUUGCAAGAUACAGUCGGCGAGCAGCGCUGGUACAAGCUGGCUGGAAGACACAGGUGGUGUUCACAGUAGUGGCCACAACCAUCGUGGCAGCUUGCGUUUUGCUUCUAUCUACUGGUGCGCAGAGCAAUCGGUAGAUACUUCAUUAUAUCCGUCAAU